CAUGUGACGUCAGAGUAUCGCCGCUUUGGCGCGGUGUCCGGACAAAUUUGAAAACUUGCUGGAUUUAGACCGUUUGUAGACGGUGAAUAUUAACAGGCUACGCGUGUUUCUGUUGAGGUCCAGAGUUUGGCUAACAGGAGUACAUUUGUUACGGGGAUGUCGUGGGACUUCUUUGUACCUGUGUGCGUGGGGGACCUUGUGAAGACUGGGGGGAUCAACCAGUACGUCGUUCAGGAUGUGGUCUCCGCAAAACAGCUCCCGUCCUAUCUCAACAAAUUCAAGGCAGCAUUAAGGAGUCAGGGGCCUUUGUGUAUACUGGAGCACUUCGACACUGGCUACAGUGUGCUGCAGCACUGUAAGUCGGUAGAUCUGGCUGUGAAAGAAGAUACUCUGGAAUUACUAGUACAAGUGGUUAGUGGGUUGUCUGUUUCACUGCCGAGCAUCCUUGUCUCCACCUCCCUCUCAGCUGCAGAGCGCAAGGAAAAACUUAACGCAGUUAAAAUGAGCAUCUUCCUGCUUUGCAAACUCACAGAGAACCUGGAGAGUGAUUCCUAUAGGCAGAAUAUUGUCACAGCAACUGGGAAGGGUGGUAAAAAAGGCAAAGCAGGUGGAGAAGGACUCAUGCAGUGGGACUCAGAAAGAGAGCAGGUGCUACAGGCACUUGUGCAGCUCUUCCAACUGGACAUCCGUUCACUGUGGAGCCUCUCCUUGGUGGAGGAAGAGUUCAUCAGCUGUGUGACCUGUUGCUGCUACAAGCUCCUUGAGAACCCAACCAUAAGCCAUGUGAAGAGUAAACCCACCAGAGACUGUGUAAUCCACCUCCUGGGGUUGCUGAUUAAGAAAUAUAAUCACCUCCUGGGUGCUGGUGUAAAAGUGAUCCAGAUGCUGCAACAUUUUGAGCAGUUGUCAUCAGUGUUUGCCCAGGCUGUGUCUGUGUGGAGCACAGAGUAUGGAGUCAGAGCUAUCAUAGGAGAAGUCAUACGGGAGAUUGGUCAGAAGUCAAGUGAGGAGUUGGCCAGAGAGGGGUCGGGAGUCAAAGCCUUUGCCUCCUUCCUCUCAGAAGUCAGUGCUUUGGUGCCUGAAUUGAUGAUUCCCAACAUCAGUGUUCUCAUCACACACCUGGAAGGAGAGAGUCACACAAUGCGUGUUGCUGUCUGUGAGGUGCUGGGAGAGAUCCUUGUGAGGGUCCUGUGCGGUGAUGGGCUAGAUGAGUCCGGUAGAGCUGACCGUGACCGUUUCUUUGACACACUGCAAGAGCAUCUGCAUGACUCACACUCUCAUGUCAGAACACGUGUAUUGCAGGUCUACACACGCAUCGUCAACAGCAAAGCGCUGCCCCUGUGUCGGUAUAGCGAGGUGAUGGAGCUUGCUGUUGGACGGCUGAUGGACAAAUCUAUAAAUGUGGUUAAGAGUGCCAUCCAACUGCUGGCAGCCUUCAUAGCACACAAUCCUUAUAGCUGCAAGCUGAGCAGCGCAGAUCUGAAGAAACCACUGGAGAAGGAGACUGCUAAACUCAGAGAAUUGAAGGAGAAACUGGAGGGGACAGCACCUGUGGCAGUGAUUAAAGCAUCUGAGCUGUGGGCUGCUAUGGUGCCUGAGCUCCUCGUCACUGUCAGGAAAGAACUGGAGCCCACAAGCGAAGCAGAGAAGGAGCAGCAGGAGGAUGAGGAAGGCGGGGAGGUGGAGGAGGAAAAGGAGGCAGAAGACGACAGAGCAACCGCAGUGAAGAUAGCUCAGUACCUCCGUGUCAACAAGUACAGGAAUGCUGUGCAGCUCAGUAUAAGAGCUCACAGCUGCUUCCCAGAAUCUGAGAUGUUUGCUUCUCUGUCCACUCUCACACCUGAGAAUAUGAUGGACACACUGGCUCUGAUUUUCAAAGGCUCUGAUGACGACACUUCCGAGCUCAACCAGAGUUUGCCACCGACGCCACAGAAAGAACCAGAGAAAGAGGGUGAGGAUGGUGAGCUGAAGAAGCAAGAGAUGUUGGUGCAGUACCUGAAAGAUACAGAAACCUUCGCUUUACAAGUAGAGAGAGCAAUCUCUGUCAUCAACACCAUGCUGUACUGGAAAACAACUUCAGUGGUCCAGGAGGCUGUGCAGUUUUGUGUGACGGUGUGCGAGUUCAGUGUCGCUAACUCUAUCAGUGGAGUGAGGAAAAUGUUGCCUCUGGUUUGGUCAACUGAUGCUGCAAUUAAAGAUGCAGUCAUUCAGGCUUACAGGCGUCUGUAUCUGAACCCCCAGGGAGACACCAUCAGGAUGAAAGCCCAGACUCUUGUCGACAGUCUCUCUGAGCUGAUGGUGGAUGCAUCUCUGGGAACAAUCCAGUGUCUUGAGGAAAUUGUGCAGGAGUUCUUCAGCAGUGGCAGCAAUCUCCAGUCCACUGUAGUUCAGGUCUUGUGGGAGAGAUUUACCGGUAAACGGGAAACUUCUAGCUUAUACAAGCGAGCUGCAGUCUUACUGUUGGGCAUGGCUGCAAGGGCAGAGAGAGAGGUGGUGCUCGGUAAUCUGGACACUCUUUGUUCAGUGGCUCUGGGUGAAAAAGUGACUGAAGACUUCCUUCUGGCCAGAGACACAGUUAUUACCAUCUGCAACAUCACUGAUCAUGUCAGGCAGUCAAAGGGUGCUCCAUUCAGACUGCCUCAGGACCAUCAGCUGUUCAGCUGCCUCACACAGGCCGUCGCCGAAGGUGUGGUGAUGGAAGACCCUUACUGGCAGAGCUUCAUGGAACAGGCUGUCCGUCUCAUCUACUUCCUGGCUGAAUCGCCUGACCAGCUGUGCUCCCGGCUGCUCCAGCGAAGCGCCCGCCUCUUACUAGAUCAAAUUGCAGAAGGUGGCGAAGUCAACAAGGAUGCUGGCCAAAUGCAAGAUGGCUCUCAAGAGUCUAAUGAGCAAGGUGAACAAGUGAACUGUGUGUGUCUGGCCCAGCUGUUGGCUGUGUGUGGCUGCGUGGCUUUCUGGCAGGUGUCUCACCUUGAGCGCAGCGUGAGUGCUGAGCUGCGGAGGAGGAGAGGAGAGACGGAGGAGAGAGAGGAGAAGGAAAAAGGGCCAGCCGGAAAAGCUAAGCAAACCGCCAAUGAGAGCACUAUGGAGGAGGAGCUUGGGUUGAUCGGUGCCUCUGCUGAAGAUACAGAGGCUGAACUCAUCAGAAACAUCUGUGAGACAGAAUUACUGGCUGAGGAGAACCUGCUGAGUGCAUUCCUUCCCCUGCUGGUGAGAGUCUGCAGCUCCCCAGGACGUUAUUCCCACCCGCAGCUCACCACUGCUGCCUGUCUGGCACUCUCUCAGUACAUGAUGAUUAGCCCAUCAGUGUGUGAAGAAAACAUCCGUCUCAUGUUUACUGUUCUGGAACGCUCUACUCUCCCUGUGGUUAGGGCUAAUGCCAUAAUAGCCCUCGGGGACCUCACUGUCCGUUUCCCAAAUAUUUUGGAGCCCUGGACGCAGAAUCUCUAUGCAAGGCUGAGUGACGAGGUUCCUUCAGUAAGGCAGACAGCUGUGACUGUUCUCACUCAGCUGGUGCUUAAGGAUGUCCUCAAGGUCAAAGGUCAAGUCAGUGAAGUGGCCGUACUGCUAAUUGACCCUGACUCGCACAUUAACAGCCUGGCCCUGAACUUUUUCAAUGAGCUUGCUACAAAGGACAAUGCGAUAUACAACCUGCUCCCAGACAUCAUCAGCCGCCUGUCCGACCCAGAGAGAGGCAUGAGCUCAGAGGACUUCAACACAAUUAUGAAACAGCUGUUCUCCUACAUCACUAAAGAAAGGCAGACUGAGUCUCUAGUAGAGAAACUGUGUCAGCGCUUUAGAACUGCAAAGACAGAGCGUCAGUGGUGUGACUUGGCCGUGUCUCUGUCUCUGCUCUCCAUGUGCGAGCGUGGUUUCAAGAGGCUGCAGGAAUGCUGGGAGUGUUACAGUGACAAGCUGACUGAACCGGGCGUCUACCAGCCUCUGCUCUCCAUCACCGCCAAGCUCCGUAGAGGGGCUAAAGCACAGUUUAAGGCUCAGGUAGAUGAGUUUGAACAGCGUCUGACUGCAGUUCACACACGGGGACUGGAGAAUGUGGAAAGCCCAGAGAUGGAUGAGGAAAACCAGAAAGCAGAAGUGUCUGCUGAGAAGACAGUCACGCGAACACCUGCGCCCACCAGAGGCCGGCUGAAGUCAAAGCGAGGUCAGGGAAAGCCCUCAGUUUCAAAAUGUGAUGACAGUUUUGUCACGCCUCACAAAUCUCGCAAGUCUAAGAAGCCUGCAGUCACCUUCAGCAGUGAUGAGGAGGAGGAUGAAGAGGAUGCUGUGAUGGCAGAGAGCGAGACCCCUAAAGUGACAACACCCAUCGCACGCACGUCUCGACGAGCUCGCCUCAGAAACUGACUCUGAUUGUCCUCGUUUUUUAUCUUAUUUCUGUGUAUCUUUGGAAAUCUUUUUAUCUGUAAUGAAACAUUGUACUUGUUGGUUUUUUAUUUUACUUUUUUUCUUUUAAUAUUGGUACUUGGCACCAAUUCUAAACUACGCAUGAUGAUGUGUAAAGACACAAAAUCAAGUAGCCUUUUAAAAAACCUGGUUCUGGUUUUCAUUAAAAAGAAAGAAAGAAA